GGAAGUGACGCGACAAUCGCGGCCGCCGACAGGUGGAACCGCAGGUGGGUUCAGGUGCCAGGCUGGCCUGGACCCGGCUGUGGGACCGACGCUUCCGGUGAGCGACAGAGGUAGCUUCCAAGGGCCUGGAGACCCGUGGGGGCGGGCUCUGGGGUCUGAGCCCACCGUGCUGGCCCGGAAUUACCCCCUGUACCUAUUCCCCAUUCCCCUGCCGAGCUGGACAGUUAGCCAGCCCGCCUCAACUCUCGGAACCAUGUUUGCGGACUUGGAUUAUGACAUCGAGGAGGAUAAACUUGGAAUCCCUACUGUGCCCGGGAAGGUGACCCUGCAGAAGGAUGCUCAGAACCUGAUCGGGAUCAGCAUCGGAGGAGGGGCCCAGUACUGCCCUUGCCUCUAUAUCGUCCAGGUGUUUGACAACACCCCAGCGGCCCUCGACGGCACCGUGGCAGCUGGUGACGAGAUCACCGGUGUCAAUGGCCGGUCGAUCAAAGGCAAAACUAAGGUGGAGGUGGCAAAGAUGAUUCAGGAGGUGAAGGGAGAGGUGACUAUCCACUACAACAAGCUGCAGGCGGACCCCAAGCAGGGCAUGUCCCUGGACAUUGUGUUGAAGAAAGUAAAGCAUCGGCUGGUAGAGAACAUGAGUUCGGGGACCGCAGACGCCCUGGGCCUGAGCCGGGCCAUCCUGUGCAAUGAUGGGCUUGUGAAGAGGCUGGAGGAACUGGAGCGGACCGCCGAGCUGUACCGAGGAAUGACAGAACACACCAAGAACCUCCUCCGGGCCUUUUAUGAGCUGUCACAGACACACCGGGCCUUUGGGGACGUGUUCUCCGUCAUCGGGGUGCGGGAGCCCCAGCCAGCCGCGAGCGAGGCUUUCGUGAAGUUUGCCGACGCCCACCGCAGCAUCGAGAAGUUCGGCAUCCGGCUGCUGAAAACCAUCAAGCCGAUGCUGACAGACCUGAACACGUACCUCAACAAAGCCAUCCCAGACACUCGCCUCACCAUCAAGAAGUACCUGGAUGUGAAGUUCGAGUACCUGUCCUACUGCCUGAAGGUGAAGGAGAUGGAUGACGAGGAGUACAGCUGCAUCGCCCUGGGGGAGCCCCUGUACCGUGUGAGCACUGGCAACUACGAGUAUCGCCUGAUCCUGCGCUGUCGCCAGGAGGCCCGCGCCCGUUUCUCCCAGAUGCGCAAAGACGUGCUGGAGAAGAUUGAGUUGCUGGACCAGAAGCAUGUCCAGGACAUCGUGUUCCAGCUGCAGCGCUUCGUGUCCACCAUGUCCAAGUACUACAACGACUGCUACGCAGUGCUGCGUGACGCCGACGUCUUCCCCAUCGAGGUGGACCUGGCCCACACCACGCUGGCCUAUGGCCUCGGCCAGGACGGGUUCACCGACGCCGAGGACGAGGACGAAGACGACGACGACACGGCAGCCGGGGAGCCGCCCAGGGAUGCGCAAGGGGCUGCUGGGCCCCUGGACAGGGGUGGGAGCUGGUGUGACUCCUGAGUGCGCCCCCCCGCCGUGGGGUGCGGAUGGGGGCUUGUGGGCGGGAGGAC